GAAAACUUGGAUUCGAUCGAUCGCUGAAAAUGGCGUCUCACUCUUCGACUCUCUUCACUUCUCCUUCUUCCUUCAUUCUCUUCUCUUCUCAUCGUCUCAAAUCUUCUCCGAAUUACUUCACUUACCACUUUCCUCGUUCCGUAAAGAGACCACAUUUCGACUUGCGAUGCUCAGUCUCAAUCGAGAAAGAAGUUCCGGAAACAGAAAGACCUUUCACUUUCCUCAGAGUCUCCGACGGCGAUCAAACUCAAUCUUCUUCUUAUUCGGUUAGGGCUCGUUUCGAGAAAAUGAUAAGAACUGCUCAAGAUAAAGUCUGUGAAGCCAUUGAAGCAGUCGAAGAAGGUCCUAAAUUCAAGGAAGAUGUUUGGUCUCGACCCGGUGGAGGUGGUGGAAUCAGUCGUAUUUUGCAAGACGGAAAUGUAUGGGAGAAAGCUGGAGUUAAUGUCUCUGUGAUUUAUGGUGUUAUGCCUCCUGAAGCUUAUAGAGCUGCUAAAGCUGCCACGUCUGAGCAAAAACCUGGUCCGAUUCCGUUCUUUGCCGCUGGAACCAGCUCGGUUUUGCAUCCUCAGAACCCUUUUGCUCCGACUCUGCAUUUCAAUUACCGCUAUUUCGAGACCGAUGCUCCAAAGGAUGUUCCUGGAGCUCCGAGGCAAUGGUGGUUCGGUGGUGGGACUGACUUCACACCUGCUUACAUCUUUGAAGAAGACGUCAAGCACUUUCAUUCGGUCGUUAAACCUGAUCCAUUGUUCUGAAAGUUUGAAGCUUUGUGAUUAUGGAGAUGCUGAUUGAAAUAUCUUUCUUUGUGUAGGUUUAAAAGCAAGCCUGCGAUAAAUUUGAUCCGUCGUUCUACCCUUGGUUUAAGAAAUGGUGUGAUGACUACUUUUACAUUAAGGUCUGCAGUUCCUUUAACGCUAUUCUGAUUGUUUGGUGAGAUCUUAGCACUUUGUGGAACUAAAAGACCUUAGUUUUAGAGUCAUGUAUGUGCAAGAAUAGAUUUAGAGCCUCAAGGUUUUGUUUAGGUUGAUACAGUGAUAAGUUGUCGCCUAGGAUUUGAAAACACUAAAAACUUUACGGUCUUGCCUGCAGCACCGUGAUGAGAGGCGAGGGCUUGGAGGGAUAUUUUUUGAUGAUUUGAAUGACUAUGAUCAAGAGAUGCUUCUGUCAUUCGCCACUGGUAGUGACCAAGAUAUAACUUGUGACAUUUUGUUUUAAGAAACUUCCUAGUUGACUUAUUUGAAUACUGAGAUGAAUUUUGCAGAAUGUGCAAGCUCAGUGAUACCAGCUUCUAUACCCAUAGUAGAGAAACGUAAAGACACACCAUUUAACGAGCAACACAAGGCAUGGCAACAGCUGCGAAGGGGCAGAUAUGUUGAAUUCAACUUCGUAAUUGGAUACUACUAGCUUUGUUUUUCUUUCUGUAUAAAUAUCUCUUGAAACCUCGUCUCAUGUUUUGUUGCUGAUGGUAAAAAUAAAGGUGUAUGACCGCGGAACAACAUUUGGUCUGAAGACUGGAGGACGAAUAGAGAGUAUCCUUGUCUCUCUUCCGCUAUCUGCGAGAUGAGAAUAUGACCAUAAACCUGAAGAAGGAACUGAGGAAUGGAAACUAUUAGAUGCUUGUAUCAAUCCAAAAGAGUGGCUUUAGUUAAUUAAUUGUGGUUAUUUCCCCAAUUAGCUCUUUUAUUAGUUUUGUCUUUAAAAGCCUUAAAAGAGUAAAGAGUCUAAUGAAAAGUGAGUGAGA